AUGCCGGAGGGCCCAUCAGUGAGGAAAUUCCAGCUGCUGACCUCCCCUUUUGUGGGGCAAGUGGUGGCCAAGGUGGGGGGAAGCAGCCGGAAGAUCAGUGUGAAUGACCUGAAUGCCCUGAGGCUCCAGGACUCCCAGGUUCAUGGGAAGAACUUGUACCUGGCAUUUGUGGCAGCUGAAGGUCCCUUAGGACCAACUACAGAAGAGACACUGCUGCAAAAAGAAGCUGCUAGUGGGGCAAGUUCUCCUGCCCAGGGUGGGCACGAACAGGUUUGUUGUCCACAGACACAUUCCCAGGAGGAGGAGCUGCACGAACCCCCCCACUCCAGGUCUGAAGCUCCAGAUGCAGCAGGGGGGCCUGGCAGCUGGCUGCGCUUCCACUUUGGUUUAUUUGGCAGCAUUCGGGCAAAUGAGUUCGCGAGAGCAAACAAAGCCAAUAAGAGGGGGGACUGGAAGGACCCUAUACCCAGGCUGGUUCUGCACUUUGAGAGCAGAGGCUUCCUUGUUUUCUACAACUGCCGAAUGCACUGGUGCUCAUCUCCGAGGGCUGAUCCUGCUUCCGACAUCCUGUCUGUGGAGUUCCACCGUGGCCGGGCGCUGGAUGCCCUCUGUGCACCCGAUCCCAUCUGCUACACCCUCUUAGACCAAAGAUAUUUUUCAGGGCUGGGCAACAUCAUUAAGAAUGAGAUCUUGUACCUGGCCAAGAUCCAUCCGUUAACACAAGGCUCUCUCUUAGCUCUCUCGGAUCUGGAGCGUCUGCUUGACUGUGCCGUUCAGUUCAGCUCUGCCUGGCUGCACAGCAAGCUGCAUGGCAAAGGGCUGCACCCUCAGAUCUACCAGAAGGAGCAGUGUCCCCUUGGGCAUGCAGUGAUGAAGGGAACCCUUGGACCCUCAGGUGGCUUUAAGAGACUUACGUGGUGGUGUCCUCAGUGCCAGCCUGAGGUGCUGUCAGGGGAUGGGGACCCUUCCCCAGUCACAGAGUGA